AUGUAUAGUGAUGGUCCUAUUUACCUGUUUGAACAUGUGCAAUUGUACAGCAAGAACAGCAGUCAUUUUAUGUGCUUACGACGCUCGAGCGAUUGGGAUAAAAUGUCAAAAAUUUGUUUCGUCAUAUUAAUGGUGAUGACUCUUUCACUCUUUUAUUGUGACGCUCAAAACGUUGGGUUUGGUACCAACGAUAAUGGCCAUUUAGACGGCGUAAAAUCUUUUUGGGAAAACCUUUUUAAUAAGGGUCGAUCGUUGAUGAACAUCAAAGCCCGUGGUGAUCUUGUCACUGUCGAUGAACGGCAGGUUAAAGGAAUUAACGGCUCGUUCAUAGCUGAGGCCACCAGUCGCAGCAGCAGCUGUGCAGUUGCCAGCAAGUCAUGCAGUUGCGCCAGUGCCACAGGCACAUGCUCCUGUAGUACUACAAGUGGUUGCAUUUGCACCGUUGCCCCCUGUGUCUUAGGCGGCACUGCUAGUAGUAGCGGUUCCAGCAGUUCCAGCAGUUCCAGCGGUUCCAGUUCCAGCGGUUCCAGCUCCAGCGGUUCUAGCUCCAGCAGUUCCAGUGGGUCAAGCACUAGCACCAGUACUAGUGGGACCAAAACCACAACCACCUCUUGCGUCAAAUGCGCCUGCACCACCACCGUGUGCACUAACGGCGUGUGUGAAGGUCCCACUUCUUUUACCAGUACCACUGGCGCCUGUGGCUAA